AUGACAGAAGAAGUAACAUAUGCUAAUCUGAAAUUUGAGAACAGCCAUGAACUGGGUAAUAUCGCAGAGCCUGAAGAUACUAAGGAAAAAGGGCCUCCUGCUUCACCUCGGUCUUGCUGGCCAGCAGUCCUGAUUUUGUUCACGCUCUGCCUGGUAUUGCUGGUGGCGCUGGUGACCCUGACAGUUUUAUUUUUCCAGAUUCACAAGGACUAUGUGACACAAUUUCAGGACCUCAACAUGACAAAGAAUGAGCUGCAUGCAAAUUUCUCAAAUAUGCUCCAGACCUUUGGCAAUUGGCUGUGCUUGGAAGGGGAAGAAGACUUUAAAAAUAAUGGCAAGAACUGUGUACUCUGCCCAGCAAACUGGAAGUGGGAAGGUGGCGAUACUUGUUACUAUCACUCCAAGGAAAAGAAGUCACAGCAACAGAGCGACCAGUUUUGCUCCUCGCAAAACUCUACUCUUCUCAUGAUAAAAGACAGAGCAAAGCUGGAACUGGUAAAAAAAAUUACUCCUAGAAGAACACCCUGGCUUGGAUUAACAUUUAAACAUGAACAGAGAGGCUGGUAUUGGGCAGACAACACAGCUCUUACAGAAGAACAAAAGUCUUGGACACAUACAGGAUCCCAAUAUAGUUGUGCAUAUUUUCAUUAUACGGAUGCAUAUGGCACUUCAUGUUCAAGUGAGCAACACUAUAUCUGUGAAAAGCUUGCCAUCCAGUUACAGCAAGUUGACAACCACUGGCAAGACUGGUUUGUCAGACCAAAAUGA